UGGUCUGGAAGCUCCCAUGAUUCAAUCCAAUCAAGGAGAGUGGUUAUUUCUCACAAUAUGGAUAAAGCACUGAAAGAAGUGUUUGACUACAGCUAUAGAGAUUACAUCCUGUCCUGGUAUGGGCAACUCAGCAGAGAUGAAGGGCAGCUGUACCAGCUGCUAUCUGAAGACUUUUGGGAGAUUGCCAAGCAGCUGCGACAGAGGCUGAGUCACAUUGAUGUAGUUAAAGUUGUCUGCAAUGAUGUAGUGAAAGCUUUACUCUCGCACUUCUGUGACCUUAAAGGAGCCAAUGCCAGGCAGGAAGAUCCACCAAGACCUUUUUUGCUGCACUCAUGCUUGAGGAGCUCUGAUGAAGAAGUAAGAUUUCUGCAAAAAUGUUCUCAAGUCCUGGUGUAUUGUCUCCUACCCUCAAAGGAUGUCCAAUCUGUCAGCUUGCGCAUAGUCCUUGCAGAAAUACUUGCAACAAAAGUACUGAAACCAGUGGUGGAAUUGCUGAGUGAUCCAGAUUAUAUUAACCGAAUGCUACUCAGCCAGCUGGAGUACAGAGAACAGAUGAAUGAACAUCAGAAGAAAGACUACACAUAUGCUCCUUCUUAUGAGGAGUUCAUCAAGCUCAUCAACAGCAGCUCCGAUGUUGAGUUCCUGAAACAACUGAGGUAUCAAAUUGUAGUGGAAAUAGUUCAGGCAACCACAAUCAGCAAUAUUCCCCAAAUGAAGAGGCAGAAAGAUUCAAAGGGAAAAGAAACUGCAGCAAUGAAAGCUGACCUACUAAGGGCUCGCAAUGUGAAGAGGUAUAUCAAUCAGCUGACGGUGGCAAAGAAGCAAUGUGAGAAGAGAAUAAGGCUCCUGGGAGGGCCUGCUUAUGAUCAGCAGGAAGAUGGCAUUUCUGAUGAAGGUGAUGGCCCUCAGAGUCAGAAGAUUCUUCAGUUUGAAGAAAUUUUGGCCAACCCGUCAUACCGAGAGCACUUCCGAAUCUAUAUGGAAAGGAUGGACAAGGCGGCUUUGAUCGGUCUUUGGGAGUCUGUGGAGAAUCUGAAGAGUGCUAACAAGUCUGAAAUACCUCAGCUGGUGAGUGAAAUUUAUCAGAAUUUUUUUGUGGAAAGCAGAGAAAUACCUGUGGAAAAAUCCCUUUAUAAAGAAAUACAGCAAAGUCUUGUGGGAAAUAAAGGCAUUGAAGUAUUCUACAGAAUUCAGGCAGAUGUUUACGAAACUCUAAAGGACAGAUACUACCCCUCAUUCAUUGUCAGUGAUUUAUAUGAGAGAUCAGUCAAGAAGGAAGAAGAAAGAAGUUCUGCUCAGCUGACUCCUGAGGACAAAGAUGAAGUGAGCCAAGGUUGUGAAGAAGCUACUGAAGAAUGCAGCACAAGAAUUAAUGAACAGGCCAGUUAUGCUGUUAAUAAACUUCGCCAGCUAAAUGACAAGCUUGAGUAUAAGAAACAGGCUCUAAAUUCCAUAUGUAAUUCACCAAAACCCGACAAAAAGAUUGUUUCUAAGCUGAAAGAUGAAAUUACUCUGAUGGAGAGAGAGCACAGUGAUCUUCAGCUGCACAUUGCAAGAACGGACUGGUGGUGUGAGAAUCUUGGCAUGUGGAAAGCCUUCAUUGUCUCAGGAGAGGUUUUAGAAGAGAAUGGAGAACAAGUGCCCUGUUACUCUGUCAUGGUGAGUUUACAAGAAGUUGGUGGAGCUGAAACUAAGAACUGGACUGUUCCCAGGAAGCUCAAUGAGUUUCAGAACCUACACCGCAAACUCAGUGAGUGUUUUCCAUCAUUAAAAAAAGUUCAGUUGCCUUCUCUCAGCAAGCUGCCCUUCAAAUCCAUAGACCAGAAAUUCAUGGAGAAAUCCAAGAACCAGCUUAAUAACUUUCUGCAGAAAUUACUCUCUGAUGAAAGACUCUGCCAGAGUGAAGCACUUUAUGCCUUCUUGAGUCCUUCCCCAGAGCACCUCAAAGUUAUUGAUGUGCAAGGAAAGAAGUCGUCUUUUUCACUCUCCUCAUUUCUUGAACGACUUCCUGGUGAUUUGUUUUCUCAUCAGGAGGAAGAAACAGAAGAGGAUAGUGACCUGUCGGACUAUGGAGAGGAGGUGGAUGGGAAAAAGGACUCUCUUGCUGAACCAUGUUUCAUGCUGAUUGGAGAGAUUUUUGAACUGCGAGGAAUGUUCAAAUGGGUCAGAAAAACAUUAAUUGCACUAGUACAAGUCACUUUUGGAAGAACUAUCAACAAGCAAAUCCGUGACACUGUACACUGGAUGUUCAGUGAACCAAUGCUUGUUUACUACAUUGGUGUGUUUCGAGAUGCUUUUUGGCCAAAUGGAAAGUUAGCACCACCACCGAGAGCCAAGAGCGAUGAACAAAAGCAAGAGACAAAACAGAGAGCACAGCAAAAACUGCUUGAAAACAUUCCAGAUACUCUGCAGAAUCUUGUUGGACAACAAAAUGCCCGUCAUGGUGUAGUGAAAGUGUUCAAUGCGUUGCAAGAAAGGAAGGCUAACAAGCAUCUACUUUAUGUUUUGCUGGAACUGCUGCUAACUGAGCUGUGUCCUGAGCUGAGAGCUCAUUUAGAGCAGCUUAAUGCCACUUAGGUUUGAAUCUGCACAACUGGACCACUAGAGAAAUGUCUAUGUUCGAUAAUAGACAUGAAACUUAUUUUCCUCUUUUCCAUAGAGGGCUGAGGACUAUGAUUAUUUUUAGCAUUUUUCUUUCCUCUUGAGUUUUUUUGUGAAGUAAACAGACUUGAAAAGAUCUGAUGCUGUAGUAGGGUAGACAAAACAAUGCUGUAUAGCUGCCAAUUUUUAUUUAAAUUGUUCUAUUUGACUACUCUUCUGUUUCAAAUAUAGAUUGAAAAAUAAAUGUUCAUAUAUGCUGAAAGAAACCAGAAAAUAUUUUAAACAUUUAUGAAAAGAAAUUUUGCUUAUAGUGGAAAACUAAUGAAUGUUGUACAGUUCUAAUCUCCUCACUGAGGAUCUGAGCAUUCCUCUUUUUUUUCUUGUGUAUUGAAAAAGCCUUGUUGUGCAAUACUACAUGUAAAGCUAUUGUGAAAAUUUUAUCAAUUUUGUUUUUACCAAAGAUUUCCUGUAGUUUGAAGCAUUUGUAAGCAAUAAAUAUCACAACUGGAUUGCAGUAUUUGAUAGUGAGGCUGUACUGACAACUAAUGAAUGAGUUUGACAGCACUAGUUUCAUAAGAAAUAUCUACAUUGCUUUGAAGUCUGUGUCAAAAUUAUGUAUUGUAAACUGGUAUGUCCUAACAGAAUGCCUGUGUUAAAUGUUAGUUCAGAGAUCACUGCUUAUGAAUUGCUUCUAUGAAUGAUCAAGCAGACAUUUAAUUAAACCAUUCUAAUAACUU